CCACCCUACCACCCUAUACAGUCCCUUACCCUUGAGGAAGAAAAAAAUAUAUAUAAAAAAAACUUCUUUCCGGUAUUCGCUUUCUUUCCUGUAUUUUCAUUUGCUUUCACUUCCUUGCUAUACUUCCGUUUGUUUUUCUUUCUACUUUCUUGCCAUGCUUUCGUUUGUAUUCCUUUAACACUUGUUAUCUUUUGACUCAUUCUCCUUUGCUGGUACACUUUCUUGUUAUCCUAUGAUGGGUUCACUUUCUUAUUAUCCUUUGAAGGUUUACUUUCUUAUUAUCCUUUGCCUCACUUGAUUGCUACGCUUUCAUUUCUUUCUUCCAUGCUUGACUUUCCUGUUAUGCUUUCAUCUCUUUUUCGGUACUUCACUUUUGUUAUUCUUUUCUAUGUUAUCCUGGGCGCAUCUCUUUCGUGUUAUGUUCUAUUACGCUUUCCUUCAUUGCUUCGCUUUCUUGUUAUUUUUUCAUUUGCUUUUCUCGACACUUCACCUUUUUACUAUCUAUUCUUUGUUUUUCUUCCCUGCUUCACUUCCUUCUUCCUUUUCUUAUUGUAGCUUCCUUUGUUUCUCUUUGUGUGUGCGUGUAUGUGUGUGUUUGGUUUUCCUUGUUAUACUUUCGUUUGUUUCCCUUCUGUGCUUCUCUUUCUUAUUAUGCUUUCAUU